AUGUCUGCUCUCGAAGGAGAUUGGACAGUAACCAAUCCAAGCUCGCCUUCUAUCACUACACGCAUGACUUCCUGCUCGACAUCUGACGACGAGGGCAUCGAAAACGUCAACGACAACCGGCGAGACAGCCACGUCCCUCGUUGUCGAGUCACUUCGCCUUCUUGCGAUAUCGAUGGAGACGUACUCAUGACGGAUAUACAUCGAAAGCCAAGCAUUCGCAAUACUUCUCUUCGACACAUGGGGCAAUCAGCUACAACGAAGCGUAAACACAGCCUUGGAACUGUCAAUGUCCAGGCUCGGCCAAGGCCAUCACGUUCUCGCGGUCGACAUCCGCGCAAUUAUUUCACCUAUCCUGCCGACACAUCCGAGGCGACUAUGCUCGCUGUCGUGGCUCUGAAGAACGCUAUCAAUGCUGCACACUCUACUGCACAUCCGGGAGGGGUUGUGACACUCGCUGCGCUACAGAAGCGACUGACGCGGGCUAUCGAUCGUGUCGCGGCGCGUCAAGGACGUCCCAAGGCUGAAGUUCAGCGUACGUUUCAUGACGAGCGCAAGAAAAACGGAUUGCAGCCAGGCUUCAGGCGUAUGUCUGAAAUAUCAGCUGGUGCGACGCUGAACCUCAUGCACCAGGCUGCCUUGGGUCUCCAACAAAACGAUGGCUCAGCUGAAAUUGAUGAUGACCUUGUCGACAGCGAUGUCGACGAAGACGAUGAAAACGCCCCCUCAGCGGUCGAUUGCUACGAUGAAGAGCAGGAUGACAAUGAAAGCGGUUCUUCAGACCCACAAGUUCUGAACUGCACCACUCCCGUCCAAACUUCGAGCGUACGGACAACAUCUACAAGGCAUGUUUCUCCUCAUUCAGGGAAAACGCGGCGGUCCCUAAAUCACUUCAGCACUCCUGAUCUCGAAUUACUGGCCCUCAGAACUCCAUCUCACAAGCAGACCCAAAGCCUUGUCCGUGAGCCCUUCGCUGAUAACAGCUGGCUCAAUCUUCCUCCAAUCAGUAGCAGUCGUGUCGUUCGAAAUUUACCUCCUCUACCACUGAUAACGACCAAAUCCCCAUGGCGUCCUACGGCCACGAUCACCAAUCCAGUGGCUUCACCUGACUUCUUUUCGCCAAAGUCGUCAUUGCUAUCGCUACCGUUUUCAUUUUCUUCCAACUCAUCUUCGUCGGAUUCAUUCUGUUCCAAUGGCACGACUAGCAGCACUGCCACUGACAGCACUUCGUCUUCGUUCACAGCCCUUGUUGUGUCACCGGACGUUCCAACAAAGCGCCAGUCAACCGAGAAAGAGUCCACAUUCGCCUAUCCCUCAAGCACAGGCUCUCACCUGACCGUCCACCAGCAUCGCUUCGAGCAGUUCAAUGGCGAGGUACUCGGCGGCAGCAGUGAGGAUGGUGAUCCUCGCCGCACAGGCUUGUUCCGAAGCUUCGAGUCCGUCCUGCAGCCACCGCGGAAUCCAGAACGUUCCGCUUUAUGA